AUGUUCCGCUCGUUUGUAUCAUUGGCGCUCAAGUCGGGACGAUAUCCACUAUCAUCUUAUAGUGCCAGGACCAGGGCCUACUGUAAGCAGAGCUCUUUUCCAGCUGAUCCCUCUACAGCCCGAUUGUCUAUCCAGUAUACUUGUGGAGUCUGCGGAACUCGUCAGGGCCCAAAAACAUUUUCUCGAAACUCAUACGAAAAAGGCGUAGUAAUUGUGACUUGUGAUCAGUGCAAAAACCAUCACAUUAUCGCUGAUAACCUUGGCUGGUUCAAAGAUUUCAAGGGGAGGAAUAUUGAAGAGAUUCUAAAGCAGCGAGGAAUAACUGUCAAGAGGGGAAUAAGCAUAGAAGCUGACGAAGCAUCAACUGUAACAGGAGGGGUAGGUUCUGAAUACAUGAUAUUUUCGUCUUUUCUUCCGGGAAUCCGUUUUGCAUGGGUACGAAAAUUAAAAAUGACUAGCUUGUAUCCUGGUCACAUUCCGCUUUCUCCCGUUUCUCGGCUCUUGCUUGGAGUUGGUUCAGCAGCUAUGGCGAUUUCCGAUCCACGUCGGGGUGACAUGGUGGCUGCUAUGGGGGAGGCCACAGCCUUAGAAAGCGUUCUAGAAAAGAUACGUCAACGAAUGGAAAGUGAUGUUGUUGGUGCACGCCUUCUCAAGGAGCAGCCAAGGGUCACCAAUCAGACAGUAAAUCGUGAAUAUCUCGAAUCGUUGCCCGAUAACACGUUUGGGAAACAAUACGCCAAGUUUUUAGCUGGCUUGAAAACGUCACCUGAUGCACGCCCUCCAGUCAAAUUUGUGCAGAACGAAAAACACCUUUACGUGAUGCAACGUUACCGUGAAACACACGACUUCAAUCAUGUCCUUCUGGAGAUGCCUACACACAUGCUUGGAGAGGUCACCGUCAAAUACUUCGAAGGUAUCCAGUUUGGCUUGCCCAUGUGCGUUACAGCUGGUAUUUUCGGAGCAGCACGCUUACGUACGAUGUUGUUUUCAUCCGCUGGAGAAAACGCUUUCAGGCAUCGUCACAGGUUCCUGGCCCGCAAUCUGCCAUGGAUUGUCGAGCAAGCCCAACGAGCAAGAUUCUUUUUGGCCGUAGAUUGGGAAAAUCACUGGGAGGAAACAAUACCGGAUCUACAAAAGCAUCUCGGUGUUACUUCAUUGAAAGAUUAUGAAUGUAGCAAGCCUGUUUCCUAG